AUGAAAGAAACUGAAACCAUAAAAGAUUACUCUGAAAGGUUCUUGAACAUAGCAAAUAGAGUAAGAUUGCUUGGUUCCGUGUUUAAUGAUUCUCGUAUUGUUGAGAAAAUUCUGGUAACUGCGCUGGAAAGAUUUGAAGCAACCAUAACUACUUUGGAAAACACCAAGGAUCUGUCCAAGAUCACCUUGGUGGAGUUGUUGAAUGCUUUGCAGGCUCAAGAACAACGAAAGGUCAUGAGAGAUGAAGAAAUACCGAGGGAGCAUUGUUUGCCAAGCCUCAAUAUGGAGGUAAAAAUAAAAAGAAGAAGAACAAGAAGAAUGAUGAAAGCGCUCCAGCAGUGUUGGAGAAGGCCUAACUCUAAGUGUAGUAAAUUCAAUCAACUUGGGCAUGAAGCGGUCAUUUGCAAGAACAAAAAUCAGCAGCAAGAAGCAGAUGCUCAAAUCGUGGAUGGAGAGGAGGAAGAUCAACUCUUUGUUGCUACAUGUGUUUCAAGUAAAUCAUCAAGUGAGUGUUGGUUUAUUAAUAGUGGAUGUACUAAUCACAUGACAAACGACAAGGAUCUCUUCAAGGAAUUGAAGCCUAUGACCAUUACUAAAGUCAGAAUAGGUAAUGGUGAAUAUAUUCUUGUACAAGGAAAAGGAACGGUUGUUAUUCCAAGUCACUCAGGUACAAAAACAAUUUCUGAAGUGCUUUAUGUACCUGAAAUAGAUCAGAACUUGCUUAGUGUUGGUCAAUUGAUGGAAAACAACUUCAAAUUAAAUUUUGAAGAUAAACAUUGCUUAAUCAAGGAUGCAUCAAAGAAAUGUUUAAAAUAA